GCAUGGCCAGAGUGGCACGUUGGUCGCCACAGCAGUGCAGAUGUGCGCAGGCGCAACCCGUCUGUACCGCGUUUGGAAGUUCAAGCGAUCAAAACGAUUUAAAUUAUUAAGAAAAUUAUUCGGAUAAAAAGAAAUUCUUCAUACUGUCGCGAUGUACAUUAAAAUGAAGUUAUUUGUUGCAGUCGUCUGUCUAUCGGUAAUCCUGUCGGGAGAAUGCCGCAGCCUGCCUGAGGAGCAGUCGGUGGUUAGCGUGUACACCUCACAGACUACGACCGGCCAGGAUGUGUACCAUCAGAUCGCAAGCAAUAUCGCCGAGAAGAUCACCUCGCCUCUCUACAGAUUUCUUGGAUUUAACAAGAACGUUACGGAUGCAACCACAAAAAAACCCUGGGACAAAAUCGAAUUGUUGGACGAAACGCCAGAUAUUGGCGCCAAGCCCUUGAAACCCGUCAAUAACGACAUAUCGAAUGAAAAGGACGUAGAAGAACUAUCAGCUGAAGCUAUAAAGAGAACAGACAAGAAACCGGAGAAAAUAACAUUGUACUCAAGCUAUUUGCCUGCUGGUAAAUUAGAUUUGAACGAGACAAAUGAUGAGGACUUUGGAUUUGACGAUGAUGAUGAUAUUGAAAGUGAUGAUAGCAUUAAACCGAGGGAGGGUCCGUUCGUAUUGUUUUUAGAAGUGGUUGGCAGUAUUAUACAAUUAAUAUAUGGAGGGAUUGUAUCGCUGUUUCAGAAAGGACAGAGUCAGUCAAACUAGAUAAUAUCGAAAAUACGUAAAAUAAGUCUAGAAAAAUAUAUUAACAUAAAGUUAGCUGUUAACCACAUACGUCUAAGACAGGGAAACAAAGUUAUAAAAAAAUUUACACUUUUCAAGACCAUUCUGUAUUAAGUAUUCAAAUAUUAUUGUAAGAUUUAAUUGAAAUGUAUACUAAUUAUUGAAGGUGAAGCUCGACUUAAUUAAUUAAAGUUUUGGUAAAAUGACAAUGACAAAAUCAUGAACAUAUUUACCAGUGGGAAGGCUCCCUUGCACAGGAUGCUGGCUAGAUUAGGGGUACCACAACGGCGCCUAUUUUUGCCGUGAAGCAGUACUGUGUAAGCAUUAUUGUAUCUCGGUCUGAAGAGGUAGUAGCUAGUGAAAUUACUGGGCAAACGAGACUUAACAUCUUAUGUCUCAAUGAGACGAGCGCAAUUAUGCUGCCGAUCAGAAUUUUUGGAAUUUUCAAGAAUCCUGAGCGGACCCUAUAUUAUUGAUCUUACUGUCUGAUGGUAAUUAAUAUUAUCAGACAAUUUAUUCAACAACAACAACGUCCUGCUCAUCUCGUCCUUUAUUGUCAUAAAAAAAAUAUUGUGAAUGGCUUAUAAGUCUAACAUAUGCCAAAAUUUAAAGCCUGUUUUGACAGAAUGCGUCAUUUAGUAAUUUAGGUCAUUGUCCGAGUUUAAAUUAAUUGUAUAUAGUCAUUUAGGUUUUAUUGUAUAUUAUAAUAUAAAUGUUGGAAUGGUAUUGUCAAUGGAAGUAUUAUAUUUAUAUACUGAUUU